AUGUUCCCGUAUUGCCCCUGGGCCCAACUGGAUGAGGCUCCGCCCGUGGAUAAGGCUCCGCCCGUGCGGCUGUGCCUCGUCCUCUCGUUCCCCGUCCGCGACCGCAGGGGUCAGACGCCGCCGGCCUGCCCUCACUCCCAGCCGCCUGCUCCCGCCGCCGACGACCCGCGCGGCCGCGGACCCGCGGCGCCGCGGGAGAGCCUGGCCGCGCCGGUCGCCUGCUCGCGCUCCCCCCGGCUGCUCGCGCCGCCGACGACCCGCGCGGCCGCGGACCCGCGGCGCCGGGGGAAGGUGGCCCAUCCUGACAGCGCCCCCUGCCUGCUCGCGCUGCCGCCUUCCCGUUCUCGCCCUCCUGCUCGCGUCGCCGGGAGGAAAGGGCCGUAG